AUGUUCUCUUGUGUUCUCUCUACUGCCUCUGUUUCUCUCUACUGCCACUGUGUUCUCUUGUGUUCUCUCUACUGCCACUGUGUUCUCUUGUGUUCUCUCUACUGCCUCUGUUUCUCUCUACUGCCACUGUGUUCUCUUGUGUUCUCUCUACUGCCUCUGUUUCUCUCUACUGCCACUGUGUUCUCUUGUGUUCUCUCUACUGUCACUGUGUCUUCUUGUGUCCUCCCUACUGCCACUGUGUCCUCUUGUGUUCUCUCUCUACUGCCUCUGUGUUAUCUUGCGUUCUCUUUACUGCCUCUGUGUUCUCUCUACUACUUUUGUGUUCUCUCUACUACCUUUGUGUUAUCUUGUGUUCUUACUAAUGCCACUGUGUUCUCUCUACUGCCACUGUGUUCUCUUGUGUUCUCUCUUUCUCGCUACUGUCUCUAUGUUCUCUCUACUGCCACUGUGUUCUCUUGUGUUCUCUCUUUCUCGCUACUGCCUCUGUGUUCUCACUACUGCCUCUGUGUUCUCUCUUCUACAUCUGUGUUCUCUCUACUGCCUCUGUGUUAUCUUGUGUUCUCUCUUUCUCGCUACUGCCUCUGUGUUCUCACUACUGCCUCUGUGUUCUCUCUACUACAUCUGUGUUCUCUCUCCUACCUAUGUGUUCUCUUUACUGCCUCUGUGUUCUCUCUACUACCUAUGUGUUCUCUCUACUGCCUCUGUGUUCUCUCUACUACAUCUGUGUUCUCUCUACUGCCAUUGUGUUCUCUCUUCUACCUAUGUGUUCUCUCUACUGCCUCUGUGUUCUCUCUACUACCUAUGUGUUCUCUCUACUGCCUCUGUGUUUUCUCUACUACCUAUGUGUUCUCUCUACUGCCUCUGUGUUCUCUCUACUACCUAUGUGUUCUCUCCACUACCUAUGUGUUCUCUUUACUGCCUCUUUGUUCUCUUUACUGCCACUGUGUUCUCUUGUGUUCUCUCUACUGCCUCUGUUUCUCUCUACUGCCCUGUGAUCUCUUGUGUUCCUCUACUGGCACUGUGUUUUCUUGUGUUCUCUCUACUGCCCUAUGA